GAAUUCUUGGGAAUAUUCAAUCUCUUUGUAAAAUAAAAAAGCGCGCGAAACUUGUUUUUUCAACACUAUAAAUACAGAGUCUUAACAGAAAUUCAUAGAACCCCAAACACGUUAAGAUAAAUCAAGAUCGAACCCCAAACACAGAAAUUCCACCCCAAAUUCAAGAUCGAACCAUGAAAGGAGAAAAGAAGACUCUUCUUUACCUAUUUUUGGUGUUCACGACGGUUUUAGCAUACAUCGGAGCACAAGCGUCACCGGGAAACUCGAGCAACGUGAUCAACCAUGGCGAUCGGAUGAACAGUACUUCACGGUGGACCGAAAAGAAUAUAUUCGUGAUGUUCAUCCUAGUCAUAAUCUUGAUUUUGCUCGUUUUAGCAUACAUCGGAGCACAAGCGUCACCGGGAAACUCGAGCAACGUGAUCAACCAUGGCGAUCGGAUGAACAGUACUUCACGGUGGAUCGAAAAGAAUAUAUUCGUGAUGUUCAUCCUAGUCAUAAUCUUGAUUUUGCUCGUUCUACUCUUGAUACGGGAGCUCCUCAAAUACAACUCCGACAAUGAACCAGCUGGGAACAAUGUUGUCGGCGGUGAAGAAAGUGUUCAGUUAAUCGUAAGGUCGUCUGGUCCAGUCGAUGUAAAUCCCGAAGUGUUGAGGAGGUUUCCUACGUUACAGUACUGGGAGGUGAGGAAUUUGGUCAAGAUUGAAGAAGGCUUUCUAAGGUGCGAGAUCUGCUUUGAAGAAUACCAAGAUCAUUCAGAGAUUACAAUAAUCCCUAAUUGCGGUCACGCCUUCCAUAGUAAAUGCAUUAAUAGAGUUUUGGAAGAAGAUAUGCGCUGCAUUUUCUGCAGAGUAAAUCUGAGUAGAGAUGGUGAUGAGUAUCGUUACAACACAAACUCUCAAGAAGAUGGGGAAAGCCUUUACACACUGAGAUUGCCUUUAUGGGUAUGGGUGAAUAUAGUAAAGAUUCGGGAGAGAAGAUCUAAAAUUGGACUGCCGUUGCGUAGAUCGAGACAGUAGUAGAAGUAUAUGGAAGAAAUUAUUAAACAAAUAUUAAUGUAAAAUUAAAAUAUGCAAGUUUGAUCCAACUUCUACUUCCCCUUCUUUUAUUUACUCAUAAACAAAAGAGUAAAGAGAGUUACAAACUCAUACGAUGGCCAGUAAUAAAACGAAUCAAGCUACACAAAUUGUUAUGAAAAAGGGCCAAAAUACAAUUUGAAAACUUAAGUAAACUGGCCUAUUAAUUUUAUUGGUGCAACUGCAAACAGUUUAAUUAGCUCAGGAAAUGGAGCUCUGUGAAGCAUUCCUCUCAAUGCAUAUGAAAUUCUUUGACGAUACCCUUGUAGCAUUUCUCUCGAUACAUGAAGUGGUCACGAAGGUGGUGGUCAUGGCAAUGGCGGUGGAGAAGUCGUGGUCAUAUUCAUAUGCUCAGUUAAAGAAUUGAUCAGCUUUAAAUUUUAAUGACAUGUGUUUCACUUAGCAACACAUUAUUUUUGUAUAACAUCUAAUCCAUAUACAGUAUUUCCAUAAUAGAAAAACAAAACACCUUAUUUUAUUA